AUGUCGUUGAAACGAGGGCUGGAGCGUGAGUCGUGUGACUUUUGCUUUCGGCGUAAAGUCAAAUGCGAUCGGACGUCUCGCGCAAGAGAGGGCCAUGCCGCAUGUUCUCAAUGUGAUCUACGGCAGAGGCCAUGCACUUUGGACUCUGAUGAUGUCCGAAUUCACCGGCGCCGCAGGAUAAGCCCAAAUAAUGCGGACUUGGAGGGAAGCAGCCUAGUCUCGACUCUCCUCGAGCCAUCCUUGAACGAUCGGGGUCUAGGCGGGAAUACCUCGUUACCACUAUCACCCCAAACGACUCUUGUUGCAACAACCGACCCGGAUCCCAAUACCGACUCUCCUUUACAUGCUUCAACCAGCGAGUCGCUGUGGACAGACCUGGGUUUUGAACUCAACCUUGAGAGCGUCUCGUUUCUGAAUGAGGUGUUCAUGCAAGAUUUUGCUCCCUCCGAAACAAUUGCCCAUAUAGACGGUCCAUCAGACGCCAGUCCCCAGAAUGCAAAAGAGAUUAUGGACGGAGCGACUGCAAAUCGAAGUCCUUACGAGAUCCAAGGAAUCGACUUCAGCACACUUGAGGCAGCUCUCACGGCGUACUUUAAUUUCGCAUCUCUAGUUCUGCCCAUCAUUCCCAGAGAUGCAUUGAUGGCAGACUAUCAGAGCCGUCGAAGUAGCCCCGCGCUCAUUUUUGCAGUGGCAUGUCGAGGUUGUCCCUUCCUCCCCGUUUCGGACAAGUGGAACUUGCAGCAGCAAUUCGCUUUUGGCUUCAGGCGGGCAUUUCUGGAAGCGCAAACCAAUGCAACACCAGCGCAAACAAUUAGACUUGAUGAUAUUGAAGCCCUGGCACUCAUGGUUGGCUUUGACUACGAAUCAGAUGGAAACACCGCUACCGCUCUUCACUCGCAACUGGGCGCCUUGUUCCUGACGCACCAAUCUCUUGUCUUAAUGACCCUGCAGUACCAGAUAGCUUGCCCUCCAACGCUGGAAAGAGCACCAGAGCGCAAAGCGCUUCUGCUGUGGCACGUAUACGGGCUGGAUGCGUUCUACUGUCUUGGUCAUGGACUCAUGUCUCAGAUACAACAAGAAGACAUUGAAGCUGUCAACCCUCCCGAAAGCUUUACUGGAAGAGAGACGGGGAGCUAUCUUGACACUAUGCUUUCGUUGGCCACUAUUGCCCGAGGAAUAACACCCGAUCCUCACACACAAUAA